UGGAACAAAAAGUGCACUAGCAGUUCACGGGGAACUCUUUGCGGGCGGACCAAGUGAGCGGAAGUUGUGUACCUUUCUUUCUGAGGUCAAGUUGAUCCUGCUCAUCAGGGACAUUCAGGAUAAACACUGUGUAUCAGUGAGGCCUUUUGGAGUAGCUGCUGUUGCAUAUCAGACAAUCAUGGUGAAGAAAAAGCGAGUUCGUCUCAUAGCAGAAAUGGCUCGGAAGAUCCGGGCAUACCGGGAGCUGAAGUCCCGCCCGCGGGAGUCCCAGAAGUACGCUUUGGACUAUGAGACGAUGAAGCGGCCUCUCACAGGGAAGACACUGCCUGUGCUGGCAUGGCAAGAUGUCCGAAGGGAGAGUCGCCUCUUCUCCCUGCUGGCAGGCAUGAGGAUGUUCGGGGUUGGUCGCCUCUUUGCCCGCAAGUCCUGGCUGGAGGAUCACACAGUGCCCAGCUACUGGCAGAUCACUAAGGUCAAGGUGGACUACACAGCUGAGAACAUGGAUCAUGGCAAAGCAUGGGGGAUCCUCACCCACCAAGGAAAACAGGAGAGUGAGGUUAAGGAGAUGGAAAAGGUGAUGUACCACGACUGGCGCCUGAUUCCCAAACACAUGGAGCAGCAGUUCAAGGACUGUCAGCCCCUCCCUGAGCCGCCUGUGCGCUACCUUCCCUACCCUCCCCUGCUCCGCGCCAUGCUAUACGCCCAGUAUAAGAAAAAAGUAGGCAGCGUAUUAACCACGGAGCCGGCCUUGCCUUCAAAGAGGGACGUCCUGCUCAACAGAGACUAUUUCCACAACCAGGAACAAAACAAGCAGAGUACAGAGGGGACAGCGGUGUGAUACUUGAGGUUCUGAAGAUGAAAAUCUUGGACAUUUUGGACCAAAUCAGUUUUGACAGAAGUCAUCAUAUUGUCCUGUACUGGAAGCCCUCGCCUAAAUGUCCCGAUAAAUCCUGGAAUCAAAGUUCUGUGAUAUUUACAUCUGAAGCAGGACUCUCUGUGUGUAAUGUAACUGUGUAAUGUUGUGAUUAUUAAAUUUGAGAUAAAAUAUAGCUGCUAUCAGUGUUUAUCAGUUUUUUGUGUAUCAGUUUUUUAAUGUUUUUGUGCCUGCGUGAUGGACUACUCAGAGUACUUCAUUAAAAUGAUUUCAGCCUUUAUAGCACUGAGAAUGCACAAUAAACCUGACUGAUGGCAUGA